ACAGGCAGCAGACGCAGCAGCGCUGGGCCUCUCCUCGUCUCUUUGCCCUGCAGAUAAAAACAAAAGGGGAUGGGACUUCUUCGUCUUCAUCCCGUCUCUAUUUAAAGGAUCCACGGUGAAGAUGUUCCUGUCGUCUGGAGCCUCCUGGCUGCACGAAGAGGCCGUCCGCAGACGAACUUUUGUCAACUCUUGCAGGAACGACAGAGGAGCUGCUGGAGGAUCAUGACGCCAACAAUGUUAGGUGGUGAGGCCUUCAUCACUCUGGCCACCACAGAGUCGUACUGUAAGGGGGCGGCGGUGGUGGCCAGGAGCUUGCGGCGUCACGGGACGACUCGCAGCAUCGUCCUCAUGGUGACUCCAAACGUCUCGGAGCAGUCCAGGCUGUCUCUCCGUGACGUAUUUGACGAGGUGGUCCUGGUCGACCUGAUGGACAGCGAGGACCAGAGUCACCUGGCUCUGCUUGGACGUCCUGACCUCGGCAUCACCUUCACCAAGAUCCACUGCUGGACUCUGACCCAGUACAGCAAAUGUGUGUUCCUGGAUGCAGACACACUUGUUCUGAGUAACGUAGAUGAUCUGUUCGAGAGAGAUGAGCUCUCGGCAGCUCCUGACCCCGGCUGGCCCGACUGCUUCAACUCUGGCGUGUUUGUGUUCAGACCAUCUCUGCAGACGCACGCCGCUCUGCUGGAGCACGCCCUGCAACAUGGCAGCUUCGAUGGAGGAGACCAGGGCCUGCUGAACUCUUUCUUUAGUGGUUGGGUGAAUGAGGACAUCAGCAAACAUCUGCCGUUCAUCUACAACCUCAGCGCCAGCUCCAUCUACAGCUACCGCCCCGCCUUCCAACAGUUUGGCCACAAUGCAAAGAUCGUCCAUUUCAUUGGAGCGGUGAAACCGUGGAGCACCAGCAGCCGGCAGCAGGAGGGCAGCACGGACACCAUGGCACAGUUCCUAUCUCUGUGGUGGAAAGAGUACAACGGCUACACAAGAACAACUCUGCCUGAGAAAAAAGAGGCAAAGAAACCCAAACGGAUCCAAAAAGCAAAGACCAAAGCCAAAGUGGUUGUUAGAGAAACUCUGGACAGCACCAAGUCGCUGCUGGCGCACUUUUCAGCUCCAUCUCUGAGGCUUCAGAUACCGGCGAAACCAGAGAAACAGGAGUCCCAGACAGAGAAUGAGAAACCGCUAGAUGUGGAGGAGGAGGAGGAAUCCAAAAUACCAGAGACGACAGAGAUCGAGGAAUCACCUGUUGAAGAGGAGGAGCUGGAGGGCAGUGAUGAGGCCUCAGACAUUGAAACAUACACCACAGAGGAAGUCACCGAGGAGGAGCAGCUGGAGCAUCGUAAGCAGUGGGAGAUCGGGCAGGCUGACUACCUGGGCCGGGACGCCUUCCAGAACAUUCAGAGGAUGCUGGACCGCUUCCUGGAUUAGAACGUCAUACGAAGGGAUGAAUCUGCGACACAAAAUUACCCUACAGAGGGAAUAAGUUGCACAAAAAGAUGGAUUUUUUUGAUCCGUAUGUGCAGGAGUUUUGAUAAAAACCUACAUGUAAGGACGUUAAAUCUGACAUUUGGUGUCACUGAAGUAAAGUAGGAACCUCUGCUAAGCACAGUCACAAAAUAAGUGUAAAAUACUUGCCUAAUACUUCUGCAUGGAAGUGUUUGUAUCUCUGUUUUCAGACUCAUCAUGGCUUGAUUAAAGAUCAGCAACACAA